UAAAAGGGGCCUGGAGAGUCUUGGGAGCCACUGGCCAGCUAAGCCCCAGCCCCGACUGCCCUUGCACGCUCGGCUUCUGCGGCACCUGCUGGACAUGAGCGUCGGAGCGCGUUCCCGCGCCCCCAGCCCCUGGCGGGGCGCCCGGCUGCUGCUCCUGGGGCUGCUGCUCCUGCCAGCAAGCGUCGCCCUCCGCACAGUGGACCCGGAAGGAGGAGAUGAGGACCUGCGCUGCGUGUGUAUGAAGACCACCUCCCUAGUCCGUCCCAGGCACAUCAGCAGCCUGGAAGUGAUCGGUGUCUCAGGCCACUGCCCCACCCCCCAGAUGAUAGCUUCGCUGAAGGAUGGGAGGAAAAUAUGCCUGGACCCGAAUGCCCCCCUGUACAAGAAAAUAAUCAGAAAGCUUUUGAAGAGCUAGCUACUUAGCUGCCUGACUCUGUACCCUUUCGACAGAGCAUGUUUUUUGUUUUUGUUUUUUCAUUUGCAACCUAACUACGGAAGAAUCUUCUUAUCGUUUUAUGAUCUUUCAAAUUCUAAAUAAAUACAAUAAAUCGACUUGCGGUAUAGUCAAACUAUUUCUUAAUAGAGCAAAGAAAUAGCGUCCUCACGUCACAGUUUCAUUUUAAAGAAUCUCCAGAAUUUUAAGCAAAAAUAAAUUUGAAGGAAAGUUUGGCCUAAUAAAGACUGCUUCACUUGG